CCAACUCUUACGUUUCAGAUUCGCACGCAGAAACUCCACGGUUGUAAAUUGUUGCAAUGUUUACAUCAGCGUAUGCACACGGGCGUUCCCGAGAUCAACUCCACUUUGAAAUUAAUGGCCCACUCCGUUCACAUUGUCUUCUACAAGCAUCUGACGAGCUGGCUCUUGUAUGGACAUCUGGAGGAUGCUCACAGGGAGUUUUUCAUACAGGAGACAUCGAACUGCGAGAGGGCUUCGACAGACGAGGAUGGAAAGAACGACAUUGAUGCACGCGAGUCAAUAACUGGCAAAAAGAUUGACGUCAAUAUGUGGGAUUAUAACGUUCAGAUGGACAUGCUUCCAUCGUACGUCAGACCGUCGCUGGCAAAUAAAAUCCUGACCAUCGGUCAAACUGUCAUUAUGUUCGGGAAUGAUCCCAGACAGAAGAAAGAUUUCAGCACGAUAUCUAAGAAAGAAAAUUCCGUGUGGGGCGACAAAGAAUACGAGUACUUCAGGAAACUUCAGAAUCUCCAGGCGAAGUCUGUUUUCAACAUUGUCGAGUUCGACCGCACGAUCAACGAGUUGAAGCAGUGCGUGACCGAGCUUCUGUGGCACGUGGCCGUCGAGGAGGCGCAGCUGAUGCAACAGCUCAGACUGGUGAAGGAGUUCUUCCUGAUGGGACGCGGCGACCUCUUCUUAGAAUUCAUCAAGCUCACGGCGCACAUUCUGAAUAAGGCGCCCACGAGUCAUACGUCCAGAGACAUUAAUCUCGCGUUUCAAAUGGCGCUGAGGAAGAUGCAUCUGAAUGACGAAAGCGCUAUCGACAGCUUUAAUUUCGUGGUGCCCGUGCUACCGUCUGAAAACGAAGACGCCGACACGGACGCCACCGAUCUCCCCGAUAACGAACGGCAAGAUCCUAAUAAGAAACGCGGAUGGGGCAUGAUCACGUUGAAGUACAAAGUUGUUUGGCCAUUGCAUCUGCUGUUCAAUCCAACCGCGUUGAACGAUUACAACACUUUGUUUCGCUUCCUGUUGAGAGUUAAAAAGACCCAGAUAGACUUGUGGAAUCUCUGGAGCGAGCACAUGCAUCACAAGAACAUCGACAUUGGCGUGAUCCAGUUGAGAAAUAAUCUGGUCUUUAUCGUCGACAACUUGCAGUAUUACCUGCAAGUAGACGUGAUGGAAAGUCAGUAUACCGUAAUGGAAGCGAGUAUGAAAAACACGCGGAAUUUUGAAGAUAUACAAAAGGCCCAUUCUGUGUUCCUGGCUAACGUCAUGUCGCAAACCUUCCUACUGGGCAAUGGAACGGGAAAAAAGAAUCCCGUGAAUAAGUUGAUUCAUCUUUUGUUGCGGCUGUGCGACGAUUUCAUCUUGCAAGCGUCCAUGUGGGAGGUCGGUAAUUUGCUCUUAACGGAGAAAGAAGAACUCGAGACGUUAUGCGAGACACUUGACAGCGUAAUGAACUGGUUGACGAAGACGUUGAAUAGAGUACGUGCGCAACCUAGUGGAGAGCACUUAGCUCGAUUGUUAUUGAGAUUAGAUUUCAACAGAUGGUUUAGUAAGAAAGUUUGAAGCAGGUAAAAAAAUCUCGCAAGGAAUUACACAUGUUAUUGCAACGUUCUGCUGAAAAAGAACAUAAUAUUAUGUCUUCUUUAAAGAUUGUUUUAUUAGAACUCAAUAAUGUUCAGUCAAGAAUACACGAUAGAAGGCUAAAUAACGCUAUUAUUUUUCUCUGAGGCUAAAGUAUGCGCGAAAAAUUGAAAAAUGAGAGCUUUAACUAAUUUAAAGGAACACUCUGUGUUGCUCUUUUUUGCACAGAUUACGUUAUGUAUUUGAAGUCGAAUACUCAAAUUUACUUUUCAUACAAUAUACUAAUCACUAAUAUAAAGUUUUCAUUUAAUUUCAUUGUAAUACUCUUUACGAAUAUUUUGUUGAAUAAUGCUAAUGGCAGUAUGAUAAAGAGUUGGUACGUUGUACAUGUUAUACAUGUUUUGUGAUAAUACAAUUAUUGGUCCUUUUUUUUAAUUAAGGAUCUUAAUCUAUUAUC